AUGACCAACUUAACGCGCCGAAUUCACCGCAAAACAGGUUGUGUGCCAUGCAAAAUUCGCAAGAAAAGGUGCUCGGAGCAUAAGCCGACAUGUACAGAUUGCGAUCGCCUGGGAAUCUCAUGCGUGUAUCUACCUAGCAAAUGCCCCAAAGAAGAGGUAAAUUACUACCGGGAAAGAGUGGAGAGCGAGUUGUCUGAAAGAAAAAGACGAAGACCGAGCGGCGCCACAACUACAAUCGGUAAGGAAAGCCUUGAUGACCCAAUUGAAGAGAUAACGUCCAAUGCGGUAUCUGCUGAUUUGAGUGAGGAGGAAUUUCAAUUAGUUUCGUACGAAGAGCCACUCGAUACCAACUUCCUCGAACUCACACGAUUGGCAUUCUCUCCGCCGCAGCCACUCUCCGAUCCACUAUUGAUGCGCCUUGAUGACACUGCGUUGCAUCUGUACAAUUACUACCGCGAAUCACUGUCUCAAAUCGUGUCUAUUGCCCCGUCAAGACAAAAUUAUUACCUACAAAUCUUUCUGCCGAUGGCGCAUCAAAAUGAAGGAAUUUUGUAUGGUAUCCUAGCAUGGGCAGCACAUCAUUUGUCCCUUGGUGGAAAUAGUGUAACUACGGGCGGUCAACGCUUGGGUUUCGUCAAAGAAACAAGUCCGGCAGCUUUAGAUGAUAUUUAUAGAGAGAUUCCCAUGUUCGAGGACGAGACUGCACCAUCCUCGUCAUCAUUGUCUUCAAGCUCCUCCACAUCUAGAGAAUUUUCAACGCAAGCGCUGUCUGCGUGCUCGGACGCUGGUGGUGUUACUUCUACACAACCAGAUCCGCGCUAUGCAGCGCUCGCAAACGAAUAUACUUUGUACUCUCUUCAACGGCUUGCCAAUCCCGAGACGCACGGACUUCUCCUGGCACUAGCUAACAUCUUGGUUCUCUGUGGGGCAGAGAUCUGCCAGGGCGACGUUGCACGUUGGCGCGUGCUUCUUCAAUGUGGUGCUCGAAUGAUAAAAGACUAUGCCCCAAAUAGCAAUAUUGGGGAACUGUUAGCAGAUAGCGAAAAGGCCGCUUCGCAAAAGGACGCCAAAGUAACUCGAUGGCUUUUAUCAAAUUUUGUUUAUCAUGAUAUUUUGGGCUCUGACAAGACCCAUUUUCCAAUGCAGCAGUAUGAUCGAAUUCUUCAGGAUCCUAAUAGCUCCCAAAAUUAUCCUGUGGAUCCUUUAUAUGGUGUGAAUCGACCGAUAUUCCGAAUUCUGGGCCAAGUCAAAAAUCUUGGCCGCAAACUAAAACACGAGUUGAGCACUGCCACCCACCCAAAAAUUCUUCUAGAUGAGAGCCCUCUGUUCGAAAUAAUGGCAGUGGCUCAAGGAUUGCAAGAAUCUCUCUAUAACAUGGCGCCAAGUGAAAAUGAUCUUGCGUGGUACCUUAAUCUCGCGGAUUCGGGCGAUGAUGCACGUCCACUAGCGCAGACACUCUUCUCUGUUUUCCGCACCACUGCUUUAUUGCAUCUCAAAUCAGCAGUACUCCGACAAGACAUCCGAUCCUAUGAAAUUCAAUUCUUGGUUCUAAAGCUAUCUGAUGAGCUGGAUAAAGUGCUCGGCUCACCGCUCGAAGGUGGGUUGUGCUUCCCAUUAUUCAUUUGCGGUGUUAAUGCGUUCUAUCUUGCGCAGCGGUCCAACGUACAGAACAAAUUUGCCGACUUUCUCAAACGGUAUAAAUUUCGAAACGUGGAGAGAGCGCUUAGCGUGCUACUGCAACUAUGGCAAAGCUACGAUCGUGGUCUUACGCGCGACUGGUACGACAUCGUAGACGAGAUCGGAUGGGAUCUCAAUUUUGCAUAG